CAAUGGUCAUUUUUGAAAAUCUAUCAAAAUUGUCAUAGUAAAUAAUAAAAUCACGGUCGCUAAGACUUAUUAUGCUCAUCUAUUAACUUCUUCUUCACUUUUAUUCAUUUUAAAUCACUUGAAGCAUGGGUUUACCGUAAGUUAUCAGUUUCCUCCUUUACAUUUCGCCUGUCGCAUUUCGCAAAACUGUUCUAAUUUUCGAGCCACAGUAUAUUCUUCGAACCUUCGGUGCCUGAUUCGCCUUCAAAAGAAACAGAAAAGUCUACAUCUGGCGCACGAUCUGCUAUUCGACGGCAUCCUUUGCGUGGUAAUCGACCUGUAUAUCAUGCAAGGCGGAGGCGCGCGUAUCUAGACAAUUAUGAACGAGACACUAAUUCACUGGAGUUGUUUCAACAUCUAUAUCAACAGCAAUCCAUCAGGCCUUCUGCUAGAGUUUCCAUCACAACAUCAACUAGAGAUGCAAUGAGAGAAGCGAUGAGAGAGCAUUCGUUGUCAGCAGUUCCUCCGAGUUUAAGCUUUGAGCGUCAAUCAAGUAGAGGUGCGGAGGCAGAUGGACCAUUAAUGCCUGCUGUUCCGGAAUCGAGGGACUACCCUAAUCCGCCAAUUGGAGAUCCACAAGGUCCUCCAAGAAUCUUGCGAACAAGUGUGAUUUCAAUUUCACCAUAUCCCGAAACGGAUACACAUUCCGUGUCUCGACCGUCUGGAGAUAUGUCCACUUCUGAAGUUGAUGAUCGAAAUAUGGGCCCCAAUGUAAGCUCACGCCUUCAAGUAUCCUCACCUUAGUCACUAGGCGUUGUUGUAUGUGGACCGCGGGUGGUCGUCCAAGAUAAUUUUUAACCGCUUUAAUAGACUGGUCUAGCAGAAAGUGUUGACGGAAUGGACGCACAAGAUUCGUUGUCACGAAGAGAUCACCUUGGACGGCAUGCAAGACACGUAGUAAGGGAGCGAUUUCGGGAGCUAGAAGAGCAAAGAAGUCUGGCCAGGGAGCGAGAGGAAGCAGAGCAAAGACGUUUAGUCAGGGAGCGAGAGGAAGCGGAGCGCGAACGGGAAGGAAGGCAGCGCGAACUUAACAUCAGGCGACAGGAGCGAAGCAUUCUUGACGAAGAGAUGAGAGAGGGACGGCGAGUGGAACGCCGACUUGAAGAACGCCGUCUUGAUGAAAAUAGAGAUCGACAGCGACUACAUAACCGCGAAGUACGUCGUCUUAAUGAGUUCAGAGAACAACUGCGCGUUGAUAGGGAGCGAUUACAGGAUGAUAUAGAGCGAUUGCGUAGCGAACGAGAUCGACUGCAGAGCGGUACAGAACAAAUUGAGGAAAGGCCAUCCUCUGGCUCAGAAGCGCGACAGCAAUCUGACACGUCGCUCGCUCGAAGAGAGCUCAGGGAACAGAUGCGCGUUGAUAGUGAGCGAUUAGAGGCUGAAAUAGAGCAAUUGCGUAACGAACGAGACCGACUGCGGAGCGGGAGAGAACAAAUUGAGGAGAGCCUAUCCUCUAACUCUGAAGAGCGACAGCAAGCUGACACGUCGCUCGCUGGCAGAGAGCAAGUCCAGCGUUCCGAUGCUCCUAGCACCGGAGAGCGAGAGCGACUGCUCGAGCAAUUGGAAGUCGAGGCGUAUGGACGAGGAGUUAUGCAAUCGGGGCUUGAGGAAGCCGAUAGCUUCAUAAUUAAUAUUAAUUACGACGGUCUCGGUGACCGAGAACGUAGCCAUGACGAGUUUCAAGAGCCAGAGCCGGCUUAUAGAGACAUUGGUGGCCUUGAAGUCGUGGAUAAUGUUGAGCAACUGGAGCGACUCGACGCUGAAGGCCACGGAUCAUGGGAUGGUCUUUUGAUCACGCCCGAUCCACAAUCACCAAAUCCAUCAUCUUCAUUCGCGUCAACAGCUGCUUCUAGCUCACAAAGACCUUCUAUGAGUACCUCUAUUAGUAGCCUGCACGAAAGCCAGCCUCUUACGAAUGGCGAUUGUGAUACUGCAUUGGAUUCGGAAACCGAAGAUGAACUGGCUCAGCAAGGCCUUGAAUGGUUCAGACGACCUAGGACAAAUCGAACCCAUGGUCGAGGGCUAUGAAUGCAUCAAGCCAACCUUUGAUGAAUCUUAGUGAAUCUUAGCAUUGACAGGAUUUUGUCCUAAUUCGUCUAGCAUCAUGCAAUGGUGUCUCAGAUUGGUGAAAUAGUUUAGAACUUUAGUUCUUCCAGACCUAGCAACAUUCGCUCUCUGUGUCCAUCGACUGAGGUUCCAUUUUGGCUAUUCUAAGGGCGAGGCUAAUUCUCCAAAAGGAGAUUCAGCAUGAACAUGCAAAUUGAUUUACCACAACUAUGAUACUAGAUUGUAUUAUUAUAUUACUGGCGUCGGGCAAGCUGGUAUAGGAAAAUUUUCGCUUUCCAUUGGUUCGGGUUAUGAUCAAACGAAAAGAAAUAUGGGUGCUGAUCAUUCACGGUUUUGAUGAUUGACACAACGGGAGUUUCAAUUCAAUCGAGGAGAAUUGAAUUUCAAAGCAAACAAAGGGUUUAAUGAACAGUGGAAAGGCGUAGUUUUGGGGUUCAACCUGCGAAACAACUUGACCAUAACGGUCUCUUGUUUCUAGUUUUCAAUAGAUGAUACUCAUCUACCUGGCAGGUAAUCUGAAGAAUUCAAUGAGUGGAUAACUUACAAAGGUAUGAGAAGAUUCGUGAGAAGGUAUGCUGGUAAUUUAGUCGAGGUGAUUGAUCAUUCAAGCUCAAUA